CUCACUCAGCAGUCUCUGCCGCGCGAGUGGCGCACCGACCCACCGCUCCACGCACACACUCCGCUCCUCACAUCCAUUCAGCUCGAUUCCGCAUCGUUGUCCGAAGAUGACCGUGAAUAUUACCACGAGCCUAACCUCGUAUAUCUCCACCAACCGCGGAGAGUAGAACCGGAGCCGAGGAGAGAGAGAGAGAAACCCACCUACCUCUCUCUCGUCUCUCCCCAUCAUCUGCUUCAAUCCUCUGGGCAGCAAACCGACAGCUGAAGACACAGCGAUAUCUGCUGAAACCUAGCCCUCACCCACAAACAAUCCUCUGCUUUUAGCUCUCAAGCCGCGUCUCGUCGGGGUAUUGUGGAAGAAAUUACACACAAGGAUUUUUUUUCCUGAUCUGUAUUCACAUAAGAUGGAUAAUAUAAACGUGGAGUCGGUGGAGAAGGAGUGCGGGGCGCUCGGUGGAUUAUUCCAGGCGAUUGUCAAUGAUAUGAAGUGUUCAUAUCCUGUCUGGGAAGACUUCAGUGCCAAGGCCACCAAGCUGCACUCUCAACUCCGAACCACGGUUUUAGCAGCCGUGGCAUUUCUGGAUGCCUUUCAGAAGGUGGCAGACAUGGCGACCAACACAAGAGGUGCCACCAGAGACAUCGGAUCAGCGCUUACCCGCAUGUGUAUGAGACAUCGCAGCAUUGAGGCUAAACUACGCCAUUUUACUAAUGCUUUGAUGGAGAGCCUGAUCACUCCGCUACAGGACCGUAUUGAAGACUGGAAGAAGACAGCCAACCAACUGGACAAGGACCAUGCCAAAGAGUAUAAACGGUCUCGUCAUGAAAUAAAGAAGAAAUCGUCAGACACCAUGAAAUUACAGAAAAAAGCCAGGAAAGGCCGGGGGGACCUUCAGCCACAGCUGGACAGUGCAAUGCAGGAUGUGAAUGACAUGUACCUGCUGAUGGAGGAGACGGAGAAACAGGCGGUGCGGCGUGCUCUAGUGGAGGAGAGAGGACGCUUUUGUACCUUCAUCAGCUUCCUGCAGCCAGUAGUGAAUGGAGAGAUUGCAAUGUUGGGAGAGAUCACUCAUCUUCAGGCCAUUAUUGAUGACCUCACUGUGUUAACCUCAGAGCCCCACAAACUGCCCCCGGCCAGUGAACAGGUAAUAAAAGACCUUAAGGGUUCUGAUUACUCUUGGUCCUACCAGACUCCCCCCUCUUCUCCCAGCAGCUCCGGCUCCAGGAAAAGCAGCAUGUGCAGCAGUGUAAACAGCGCCCAUAGUAGCGCCUCUCGAUCCUCUGGUGGCUCUCAGACUCACUCACCCAGUUCGUCCUGUCGCUACCGCAGCCUGGCCCAACCGCUAACCACCGCUGCACACCGCCUCAGCAGCGUCUCCUCCCACGACUCCGGCUUCAUCUCGCAGGACGCCAACGUCUACUCCAAACCUCCAUCACCCAUGCCCUCCGAUAUAACCAGCCAGAAGUCUUCAAGUUCAGCGUCCUCAGAAGCAUCUGAGACCUGCCAGUCAGUUAGUGAGUGUGGCUCUCCAACCACAGACUGGUCCAAGGUAGGUUCCAGUGAGCUGCCGCUGGCCAGCACACUUCAGAGGAGGAAGGAGCCUCUGGAUAGGCUGAGGGAGGCAGAAACCUCUCCUCAGUCACAGGGGUAUUCUGGGAUGCAUUCAGAAGACCACCAGAGGCCAAGGAUGAACCCGGCCACUACAGCUGCCAAGCACAGUGAGGAGGUUUCCCCGGCUGCUAGUGAUCUAGCUAUGGUCCUGACACGAGGCCUCAGCAUGGAGCAGCAGAAGAGCAGCCGAGACUCUCUUCAGUACUCUAGUGGAUACAGCACUCAGACAACCACCCCAUCUUGCUCUGAAGAUACCAUCCCCUCACAGGGCUCUGACUACGAUGUUUACUCAGUAAACGGAGAUACUGAGGCCGACGGUCAGGCUGAAUUCGAUAAAUCCUCCACAAUUCCCCGUCACAGUAAUAUCGCCCAGAACUACCGGCGCAUGAUACAGACUAAGCGUCCCGCCAGCACAGCAGGCCUGCCCAGUGGAGUGGGUGCCCUGGGCGGACCACCCGGCGGAGGGGGCGGUAUUCCAGGUACAGCCACCAUUCGGCGAACGCCGUCUACAAAGCCGGGGGUGAGGCGCACCCUCUCCAGCGCUGGCCCUAUACCUAUACGCCCACCCAUUGUGCCAGUCAAGACCCCCACUGUGCCUGACUCACCCGGCGGGUACACUGGCCCUCCCGCCCGUGUGGGCAGUGAAGAAUGUGUCUUUUAUGUGCCGGAUGACCCCUCCCCAGGAGCGCUGGAGUAUGUGAAGGCCUCUCCGAAGCGGCUGAGCCUGCCCAACACAGCCUGGGGCUCAGGGGGCGCAGGAGGCUUAGAGAUGAGCGUCUACGCCCAACCGGGUGAAGAAGACCACCUGCUGGCUGCCAAUCGCCACAGUCUGGUGGAGAAGAUCGGGGAGCUGGUGGCCAGCGCUCAAGCAUUAGGUGAGGGCCAGUUCCCUUUCCCAUCGCUUCCAAACCAGCCCCCGCCAGGUCCCGAGUCCCAAACCGAUCCUGAAGCGCCCCAGGAGGGUGAGGACAUGCUGAGGUCUAUUCGUCGAGGGGUGCGACUGCGCAAAACCGUCUCCAACGAUCGCUCAGCGCCCCGGAUUUUGUGAUGCCUCCUGGAGAGAUGGGAGAAUAUGAGCGAAGUAACCCAGAAAAAAAAAAAAACUUCACAAUGACUCUUUAGAAAAUGAGCUAUGAAAAAGAGGAUAAAAAAAAUUAAAUGUUUAAAAUCAUUAGAGAAAAUAAUGAAUAACAGUAAUGAAAAAAGUAAAUGAUAUGUAACAGCAGGCUCAGGCCACUAUAACUCUUAGCGUGUCCGAACGCAUGUUUGUCUUAUUAACACGCCCAUCACCGCGGCAUAGUUGAACUUUAGUGAGACAAUUAACUACUGACAGAAAAAAGGGACCAGGAUGUCCGCAUGGUCCCUGUAGAAUAACGGCCCUCCCCAAAUUAUGGACACCAGGAAUCAGUGCUUGAGAAGCUCACGGGGCAAGCAGGGGCUUGUCGCAAAUCCUUGCCCCUCCACAAGGCUCUCUCUAACCCCGCCCUCACCUCCAGUAAAACUGCCAUCAGAUCCUGAAAGUCUUGUGGUAUCGCUGUUGUGUGUUGGUCUGCAGUCUGGAGGUGAGCAGGGCUCUGCUGCAGGUCAGCUCGUGGUUGUGUAGAGGGACAGGAUUUAUCUUUUGUUUGUACGCUUCUGUUGUCUUGUUUGUUUUAUUUACGAGCAGUUAAUCACCUCCUAGCUCCGAAGCGUAGGAAACGUUCAUGUCAGGUAUGUGGAUUUGUGUAGAUUUAGGGUGAAAAACCGCCAUGAUAAUGUGGAGCAAUAACGCUUUUUCCUUUUUUUUUUCCUUUGAUGGGGGAAGGUUUCGAAGAUCAGCUUUGAAUAAAGUUGUGCAUUUUUGAUGUUCAGGUGUCUUUGGGGAAGCAGAUGCUUUCGAAGACUUCUUGUUGAGUCUAAUUAUGGCUUAUUUAAAAAGAAAAUAGAAAGGAUGCAGAGCACUUUUAAGGCCUAGUUUUGACCACUAGUUGUCACUGUGGCCACACUGUGUGUGGUGAAUGCUGUGAGACGCCGCGGUCACGUGCCCUGGUACAUAGGGAGACGAAUGCGUGUAGCAAUGUUAUGAUAUAGGAAAAAAGAGAGAGAUGGGAUGUGAAGCAGAGAUGGACCUAAGAAGAAUGAUUUGGCAACAAUUUGCAGUAGGAUCAAAUUGCUUACAGUAUUAGUGAAUGUAUUAGGUAUCACAAACUAACGAACAUAAUUUAUCUAAAUUAAAAUUAAUUUCUACUUAUUCUUGUGCAAUUUUUUUUAUAUUUCAGAAUCUGCUAAUUUAUUAUGAAGACAAACAAUAGUACACUGCCAUUCAAAGGUUCAGCGUCAAUUAAAUUUGAAUACAUUUAUUCAACAAGUUUGCUUUGAUCAAAAGUUACAGUAAAGACAUUCAUAAUGCAACAAAAUAUAUCUGUUUCAAAUAAAUACUUUUUGUUUGAUCUUUCUAGUCGUCAAAUUAAAUGAAUCACGGUUUCCACAAAAGCAGCAAAAUAUAAUUUCAGCCCUCAAAUUUCAUCGCCCCCAAAACUUUUAAUAGUAUAUAAUUUAUAAAUUAGCACUAGAUAACUAAAGUGUUUUGUUUUGUUUUUUUUAAGUGUUGUUCAUUGUCCAUGCACACUUUGUGAUGCCUAUUGCAUUAACUGUAAACCAGCUGAAUCUGACUGCAGAUUGUGGCCAAUGAUCUUGAAAAGGAAUCGGUUGACACAUUAUAUUUAGUUUCCAAUGUGAGCCUCUAAAAUACAUUCAACUCAAUUUUGCAGGAAAUGUUCUUUUACUUGUCAAGCCUCAAACCACAGUCCCUUGCUAGAUAUUUAAGAGGGGUGGAGAGAACGAGCUAAGAUGAAGGCACACACCUGGCUGCCAUUUUUUGGGACAUCAGAAUGAACUUUGCAUCUGCAGAGGGAAGAAGGGAUGAACAAAGGAGGUGGAGAGAAUGAACUCUGAGAAGAAAACUCAUCCAGUUGUUUAUGAUAAAAGCAUUCCACUGCCUGUUUCUGAUGAUAUAGGAGUAAAUCACUAUGAGACGAAAGGUCACCUGACGUGAAGAAAAACAAUGCUCUGUGAUGAUACUGGAUGUGGAAGUGAUGCGUAGGAGGUCAAAACAUAGUUUUAGUCAUGUAGUGUCUGUUUGUGAGUGACUUUCUGUUCUCCCAAGACUCCCUAUAACCCCUGCGGUCAUACAUACUGCUGUUGUGCCAGACGCUCGCUCCUUAAUCUGACUUUUGGGUUGUUUAUUAUUUAUGUUGCAUAGAGCACUCUGUUUUAGGAAUGCCUGUAGCGCGUUCAAAAGGAAAAAGUAUGUCUGCUUUGUGACCGUAUGUACGACUGUGCUGAUCUCAAACUGAAAAUAGUGCCGUUCUGGAACGCCGAGGCCAUAUUGAGAACAGGCUGGAAUGAAAGAACAAGGCUAUGGCAAUUCAAAGCCCACACUGCCGGCCGAUCAGCAGGUCAGAACUUUAUCUUACAGUAGGGGGUCAAGGGGUGGGUGAGGAAUCAGUCGACAAGUGAAUUGAGCAGUAAUAUAGUAAAGUUUGCUGAACAAAGAGAGGGGAAAAAAUAUCAUUUCUGUCUGUUACAUAUCCACGCAUUUCAUGUGAAGCUUCAUGGCCUGCUUUAUGUAGCAACAUGACAAGGAAGUUCCAUUCACAGCAUUACAUACACAGACAAGUAAAAGCAGGAGGAUACAACAGGAAAGAAGAUGGAGAGUUGAUGAGAAGUGAAAGAAAAAGAAGAACGGAAUGAGCAAGAGUGAGAAAGACAAGGCCAGUGGAGAAUAAUUGAUGAAAGAAACGGAUAGGAAGCGAAGCGGAGAAGAAGCAAAAGGGGAGGGAAAAAAAAGACACAAAAGCCUGAUUGCAGGUAGUUGGCUUACUGUUGUCUCUUUAUUGUAACGUCAGUCUCUGAGGGUUUUCUGCUCCUAAGGUCAUGAAGCAAGAUGACAGUUAAAAGCCCCUCUGGAGUAAAAUAGGGGAUGGAAAAACUACCACUGUCACGUAUGAGCUCAAUACUCACAUACUCACACACAGCGGAUAGACUCUUUUGGUUCUCAGGUGGUUAUAUACACACUUUCUCUUUGUUUUGCAGUGUUUAACAUUACUCACGUCAUGCUCAUUUGUCUCCCGCUGAACGGCAUGAUAUGCUCACUAUAAGGCAGCCAUCACAGUUCAGCUGUGAAAAUGUAAUUUCAUUGGCUAGUUAUCUUACACUUGAAGUCUGCGAAGCUCUGGAGUCAAAAUUUGUCCAACGAACUCUCAUGCCAAUUCGUAACCAUUUUACGCUCUGGUGAAUUCAUACAGUGAGUGCGCACUCGACAUUUGCACGUUUUCGUAGCCUAUUAUCUCUUCAGCCUUUGUGUUAUGUUUUUGUAAAAGUCACACUGUACAAAUUCAUACAAAAUCACCGCCUCGUAAAAUACGAUUUCACAGCAUUACAUACACAGACAAGUAAAAGCAGGAGGAUACAACAGGAAAGAAGAUGGAGAGUUACGAAAAUACGAGAGUUACGAAAAUACGAUUUCUCAUGAGAUCGGGUUGGUUUGUCCCUGGAGCACCCCUAGUUAUAUUACGAAUUAUCAGGGAAGAGGUGGUUUAGAAAUAUAUGUGCUUUGAUGAUGUGUAAAUGUGAUUUUGGAGGGCAAUAUUUUGAUUAGUAAUAUUCUAUCUUAAGCUAUUUUGACCAUCUCCCACGCUCCCCUAAAAAGAAAUAAUUCAAACCUUUAAAUGCGUGUCUUAUAGAUAAUCUCUGUCAUUUGAGGGGAUUUGCCUGGAGAAACAUUAGUAAUUAGCACAUUGUGCAUUUUUGGUUAAUAUUUACAAAACAAACAAACCAGUGUCUUCAGUUUCGCCCUUUCAUUUGUUGGUGAACCAAACGAAUGCCAAAAAAGAAACCAAGUGAAUUGGCUAUCCUUUGUAUUUGCUUUUAAGUUAUAACUGACCAAAUCCUAUAGUGUUAGCGCACAAUCACUGAGUAUAAUGUUAGCCUUAUGCAACUUUAUGCCUUUUUGAUAUUCACUCACGCCAGCUGCACUCUAGUCUUUCCUCUGUCAUUCCAUUUCCCUUGUCAUUGUGUUUCACAUCUUUAAAAUGGCUACAGACAAUGAACGAUCUUGUGGUGCGUGUGACAGAGAGAUGAAACGCUCAUUUGCAGCCUCCCUCUUCUUCAGCCAAUCACGCGCUGUUCUUCGAAGAUGCGCCGAUUCAAAAACACCCGUCUCCCAUGCUCGGUUCAGCCCCAACGCCACGGUUUUCCCUCGCUGUCGUCUCCACGGCGAGCUCGUGUAGGGAGGGCUUGGCAACCGGGUGUCAUGGAAACUGAGCCGUGUUAGUCUGAGUUGCGAGCCUUUUCUUAUCUUAGCUGCUCGCAUACAAGGAGCAUCAUGCACAUGCAGCACAACAGAGCCCAAACAUCAGGGUCUACAGCUCAAAACUUAACCUGUGUACUGAUUAUGUCUCUUAAUUUCAUUCUCGUGUAAAAGAUAUGAGGUGUGCAUUUUUUUUUGUUGUCCCACCCCAUGCCCUCCUCUUUCCUCUGACUGAAGUUGAGUAACGCUACAGGUGCUGUUGUCUCUGUUUUCCUUCUUUCUGCUUUUCUCUCUUUACUCUUCUGCUUUAAUUUAUUGUGCUGUUUUCCUAAGGCUAACGUGCCACUGUUGCUGAUAACAUCGUUUCCUUUUUGGUAAUAUUUAUCCUUCUAAUUUUUGUUAAGUUUAGUCACAGCUAAUGUAACAAAACACACUGUGAUGAUUCCAGUAUUAAUAAAAGUUGUACUUAAACUGUG